CGGGGCCGCCAAAGAUGAAAUGGCCUAGUAGUACACGAGCUUUGGCGGAAUACCGAGCGGCUUCUCUAGGGUUUUAAGAAAGAUCCGCCAAGAAAUUCCAGCAAUGUAAGAUUUCGCAGGGGUUUUGGAGCUCUAGUGGAUCGAUCGGCGAUGGCGAGGAAUCAGUUCGUGGGGACUGUCAUCCGGGAAGCAAAUGGGGUGGAUUAUGGUAGAUUCCUUCCUCGGCAGUAUGUGGGGAGCGGCGGGCGGCGGCACAGCAGCGAAUUUACUGGCGUUUGGCAGCAUUUGAUCCGGGACAAGCCGAUUCUUCCCUUCCUCAUACCAGUGUUUCUUCUAGCCUGGGCGCUGGAGAGAUGGAUCGUUCCAUUCUCGAAUUGGGUCCCGGUGUGUGUCACGGUGUGGGCGACUAUUCAGUAUGGACGGUAUCGACAGCAACAGAUUGUGGAGGAUCUAAACAACCGAUGGAAGCGACAUUUUCUCUGCACGCAGCCAACCACGCCUUUGGAGCCUUGUGAGUGGUUUAACAAGCUUGUCUUGUGUAUAUGGCCAAACUAUCUGGAGAAAAGGUUGUCCUCGAGAUUUCGAGCGCUUGUACAGCGAAGAGUCAAAGAAAAGAAGCCCAGGCCGAUUCAAACCAUUGAAGUGAAUGAUUUCGAUCUGGGCAAAGCUCCUCCUCUCUUUGGGCUCCAAAGAACAUUCUGGUCAUUGGAAGACUGUCAGCCAGUUUUGCAUAUGGGAUUCGAAUGGGUCAGCAAUGAAAUGAGUGUUCUCCUCGCUGCGAAAUUGUCAGCUCCUUUUGCCGGGAAGGUAGCACGUAUAAACAUAAACUCUAUUCAAGUAAGAGGUGAUCUCCGGCUUGUUCCUAUACUUGACGGACAAGCUAUAUUAUAUGCGUUUGAGUCGACACCAGAUGUAAAACUUGGUGUUGCAUUCGGCAGCGGAAACCAGCAUCUUCCUGCUACUGAACUUCCUGUCGUUUCGUCAUGGCUGGAGAAGCUACUUCUAGAUACCUUGAAUCGUACAAUGGUUGAACCCCGAAUGCGAUGCUUUUCCCUACCUGUACGGGAUUCGAAAAAGCGUGUCACCGGUGGUGUACUUUCAGUAUCCGUGCUGACGGCUGCAAACAUACCCAGGCCAGAAAACAGCUCCAGGACGACAGCAGGUGACAGAUAUUCCAGCAACGGCAGCAGUUUCAGCGGAACAUUUGUCGAGCUAACUCUUGGAAAUCUCUCGAGGAGGACUGGGACAUCUCCAAAGUCGACGUGGGACGCUCCGAUCACCAUGGUUUUUCACGGUAGCGAGGCAACACUGCAUUUGAACGUCUACGAACAAAGGUUUCAGUCAGUUAAAUCCGAUUUUCUAGGGACAUGCGAGAUAAAGUUCAAGUACGUGUUCGAUGGUUCCACAACAUUUUGGGCUGUAGGACGAAAGCCCGGAGUUAUUGCCGCUCAUGUUGAUCAGUGUGACAGAGAAGUUCAACUGGUUGUUCCUAUUGAGGACAAAUCUGGGGAGAUAACCGUGAAAUUAGUUCUAAAAGAAUGGUGUUUCGCGGACGAUCCAACAAAUUCUCAGACACCACUCUUGCAGUUAGAUGCUUUUCGAAGCACGCGGUACCUCACGGGCAGAAAGAUCAAAGUCACAGUAGUUGAAGGAAGGAAUCUAGCACCAAAAGAUAGGAGCGGAAAAAGUGACCCUUACUUGAAACUGCAAUAUGGCAAGAUUCAAAGGAAAACGAAGACAAUUCAACAAAACCUCAAUCCCGUUUGGAACCAGGAGUUCGAGUUCGACGAAUACGGGGAUGGAGAAUACAUAAAGAUCAAGUGUUACGAUGCUGACAUGCUCAUGAAUGACGAGAAUAUGGGAAGCGCGAGGAUUAACUUGCAUAGCCUUGAAGCAAACACACCCAGGGACGUCUGGAUACCUCUGGAGAAAAUAGACACAGGAGAAAUACACUUAAUUCUUGAAGCAGUUGACACGAGGGACUCCGAGACGGAGGAUCAUAACAUGACAUACAUUCUAGAACUUAUUCUCGUGGAAGCAAGGGACCUUGUGGCCGCGGACUGGAACGGCACUAGUGACCCAUACGUUAGCGUGCGCUAUGGUACCGUGAGGAAGCGAACAAAGGUUAUAUACAGGAGCCUCAGCCCCUUGUGGAACGAGACCAUGGAUCUGAUAGAUGAUGGAAGUCCUUUGGAGCUCCACGUCAAAGACUACAAUGCAAUUUUGCCAACCGCAUCGAUCGGCCACUGUGCCGUGGACUAUCAGCGCCAGGCUCGAAACCAAACUGUUGAUCGAUGGAUCCCGUUGCAAGGGGUCGCUAAGGGACAAAUCCACAUCCAGAUCACGCGGAGGGAGCUUCGGAAGCAAGAACACCCGCCGGCGAUCGAGAGACAACGAAGCAGCCGAGUGGAAGAAGUCUCCGGAAGAGUCCAGGAAGUUGUCUCGAGGCUGUUUAGCAUGGUCGAUAGCGAGGACGUGAAAGAUCAAAUGCAAGCGCAGCUAGAGGAGCUCGUGAAUGCCGAGCAAGAACAAAAGGUUUUGGUGCUCCAGCUCCUCAAGGAGAAAGAGUUGCUACUAUCCAAAGUGAAAGACCUCCAAAGAGCCAUGACUGGCCUCGUCUAACGUAAGAGAAAAGUAAAAUAAUUCCAUGUAUAGAAAAAUUCUCUAUAUAAUCUAUGACAAUGUAAUUUGGAAAAUUUCUUCAUA